UGUCAAGAUAAAACACGCUACAAUGCUGCUUGAAUUCCUUGGUAUUUUGUAUCUUGUUCAAUGUUUUGCAGAAAUAAACGAAACUUUGCUUGAACAAGGUUGCUAGAGUUUUUCUGUGUGGCAAAACCAUUAUAUUCAAGAGAUGUUGAAAUGAAGCACAUUCAAUUGUCUUCUUUACCUCAAGGAUGGCACAACAUUCCUGGCCCUUCUUUGACUGGCCCUGCCAAAAUGUCAAAUUCUUCUGUUCCAACAACUAUAAGAAAAAAAUGGAAUUCUUCUCUUUCAACAGAAGUACCUAAAAGUAAACUGCCUUCAUAUAAAACUUCAAACUUACGAAUGCAAAACCCAAGUUCUGGGGGAAAACUCAUGCAGAAUGGAACUUCUACAGCAUCCAGGCUUUCUUAUCCUGCUCCUUCAAACAAACUACCUCCUAGUCCUGCAAAGCCAUCUGUUAACAAAGAAUAUCAGGCAGAAAUUGCUAAGCUGAGAAAGGAACUAACCACCAUCAAAGCAGAAAACUUGAUUUUGAAAGCUAAAGUUAGGAGAGUUGAUGAUGAAAGUGAUUUCAAAUCAAGACAGAUUGAAAAGCUUAGGGCUGAACUAAAAUCUCUUCAGAAGGUUGAAGCAGCAAGUAAUAAAAAGAACAAGGAUUCAGAAUUGCUUCUGCUACGACGGAAAUGUCUUCAGUUAGAAGGUUCCUUAAAAGAGAAAGAUUUAGCUUUAAAGAAACUUCAGUAUGAAAUGUCUAAGAAAGAUGAUCAGUCUAAAACCUCUGCCAAGGAUCUAUGCACUGAAAUCUACUCUAAGAAGGUUGCAGAAACUGGUAGCUCAAAGCCCCAAAAACCUAUUGCAAGGGAAUCUUCUUCAUCAGCUACUUUAACAAGAGUUAGUCAGUCCUUAAAAUUAGAAGUCAUGAAAUUAAGAGAUAUGAUUCAUAAAUUAGAAAAAGAAAACCAAGAUUUACAACAGCAAGUUAAAGAAAAUGGGCAAGAAAACAGAAGACUGAAAAUGCAGCUAAAGAAAGAAAAUCAAGUUUCAUCUCAGCAGAUACCUAAGCCGAAAGGAACAUCAAACAUAACCAAAUCUAAUUUAGAAAACCAUGUGCCAAACCACUUAGUCAAACCUAAAGUUGUACAAAAAUCAAAUGUGCCAAAUCAGAAGUCAACCACCAAUUUAAAGGCAUCAACUAAUGCAGCUUUACGAGAAAUAAGAGUUCCUAGAACACUGCCAUUGAAAAUUUCUCCACAAGACAACAGCAAUGUUGCAAAAAAUAAAUACAACAAAACUACAUCUAUUAGUCAAACUCGUAAAAUAGUAUUACAGAAAAAACAGAAAAAUAUUGCUGCAAAGAAAAUUCAGCAAGGUUGGCGUGAGCAUCAAAAACGAUGUCUAAGAAGACCUGAUAAGCAGAAUGAAGAUAGAGCAUUGACCUUCAUUGUCAGCUGUUUGAAACAUCACGCCCUUCGAAAAGACAAACUAAAUUGUCUCACCAAAAAAGGGAACUCUUCGAAACUGACAGAUGAGAGUGAUAGUGUCUUUGCUCAAGCCAUUCAGAGUGCGAAGAUGAGAAUUUGGAACAAGGAUGAUUAG